UUGAAAGCAAGCCAACUAGCACGGUGUCAAUGGGUUCACAUGUCAGUUAAAAAGGAAAUAUGACACCUUGUGUCUCCAGAAUUACCUGCAUCCACCAAGCUGGGCAGUAGCACUGCACAUCUCCGUGGGCACUGAAGAGAGAGCAGAGGAGGUUAUUUGCCUAUUAAGACAACAGAUUAAUAAUGGAACCAUCAAAAGAAUAUGUGUUCAAAUACAAAGGAUUUUAUUUUGGUGUAAUUACUACACUUGAACACGUAGCUUCAUUAGAGAAUUUUGAAAUCAACGAUAGUGACAUAUUUAUAGCUACUUACCCAAAAUCAGGAACUGUGUGGACUCAGAACAUUUUGGCCCUAAUAAUGAGUGAAGGCCACCGUAAUGGAACAGAAAAUAUGGAAAUGAUGGACAGAAUCCCAUGGCUGGAAUACAAUAUAAAAAAUGCGGAUUUUGCCACUCUUCCUUCACCUCGUAUUUUUGCCACCCACCUGCCUUACUACUUAGUUCCAAGAGACAUGAGAAACAAAAAAGGACGUAUUAUUUAUGUUACCAGGAACCCUAAGGAUGUUAUGGUUUCUUACUAUCACUUCUCCAAAUUCAUGAACACAGUCGAGAGAAUACCAGAUUUUAAUAUUUUCAUGGAGAGGUUUUUAUCUGGCAAAGUACUUGCCAGUUCAUGGAUGGAUCAUGUUGCAGGCUGGUACAGUCAUGCAGAGGAUUUCAAUAUACUCUUCCUUACCUAUGAAGAAAUGAAAAAGGAUCUCAGAAGUGCUGUGCUGAAGAUCUGCAGCUUCUUAGGCAAGAAGCUGAGUGAAGAGGAAGUGGACAGCGUUGUCAGACAGGCUACAUUUGAGAACAUGAGAAAAGAUCCCAGGGCAAACUAUGAGAACCUGCCAGAAGAACUAGCAGAGAAAAACAAGGGCAAAUUUCUACGUAAAGGCACUGUUGGAGACUGGAAAAACAUCAUGACAGUGGCACAGAGUGAAAGGUUUGACAAAGUUCUUGAGGAGAGAAUGAAGACCUUGCCGAUCAAAUUUGUCUGGGAUAUCAAUGAUGAAGUGUAGGCUGGUUUUGAGUUUCAUCAUCCUUGGUGUUUAUACUGGAUAGACAUAUCUGAAGUUUUGGAAGAAAAUACAUCCAUUUUCAGCUAUGUUACAGAAAUAAUAAUGAUAACAGCUCAGUCAGAAAAUGUGAGUUAUCUGAGGAAGCUAAUCAAUUCCAACAGUUCCCUGUUUGAAAUUUUACAAGAUAUAUUAAUCAACUUUCUUCUAGUUUGUCUAUGAAGUCUAGAUUGACUUCAUUUCUUCAUGUUUGCUUUUACUUUCAUUGGCUUUAAUAAUACCAGAGUUGUAGACAACCCAGUGAGGAUAGAUCGGUGUUGCUAAAAACUCUCUGAAAAAUGUUUCAGUUGUGCAUUUCAUGAGGCUUCUUUUGGUAGAAUCUUCCAUGUCCAGACUGGAAGACUGACCAGCUCCGCUAUGGUUAUGCUUUGAUAUGUUUGAUUUCCUAUUUCCUUGGUGAACACUAAUUCUCAACUGUUUGCUAUUAAAGUGACCUUCGUGUUGCA